UCCUCGGGAGGUGCUGCAGUCGGGCAUUUUCCCCCUUCAAAAAAGACGAUUCAGCGAAAGCCCUUGUAUUUGGAAGCUCUUCGAUGCGCCGGGUACUUCACAUGUGCAUGUUAUUUCUGCCUCCUUAAAGUUCUUCCCUUUUGACUUCUGGUUGUUCAUUCACAAUUCAUUGGAAAGGCAGCCUACUCAAAUUCUCAGUGUGAAGGAAUUUAAGCCUGUUGGUUUCUUGGAGGAAGCAAAAUGCCUGGUCCAAAAAUUGAAACCGGUCAUCAAGAUGCUGUUCAUGAUGUGGCAAUGGAUUACUACGGUAAGCGUCUUGCAACAGCAUCUUCGGACAAUACCAUUAAGAUAAUUGGGGUUAGCAACACAGCUUCUCAGCAUCUUGCCACCUUAACUGGUCACCAAGGACCUGUGUGGCAAGUGGCCUGGGCACAUCCCAAGUUUGGUUCCCUCCUUGCUUCCUGUUCUUAUGAUGGGAAAGUCAUAAUCUGGAAAGAAGGUAACCAGAACGAAUGGAGCCAAGCGCAUGUUUUUGAUGACCACAAGGCUUCUGUGAAUUCGAUAGAUUGGGCUCCUCAUGAACUGGGUUUGUGUCUGGCAUGUGGCUCGUCAGAUGGCAAUAUCUCAGUUUUCACUGCAAGACCUGAUGGCAGUUGGGAUACAUCACGGAUUGACCAAGCUCACCCAGUUGGUGUCACUUCAGUUUCGUGGGCUCCAUCAACUGCUGCUGGUGCUCUUGUGGGCUCUGGUCUUCUGGAUCCUGUUCAAAAGCUUGCAUCCGGUGGUUGUGAUAAUACCGUAAAAGUGUGGAAGCUUUAUAAUGGGGCCUGGAAGAUGGAUUGCUUCCCUGCUCUUCAAAUGCAUACUGAUUGGGUUCGGGAUGUUGCUUGGGCACCUAACCUUGGACUCCCUAAAUCCACGAUUGCUAGCGCUUCGCAGGAUGGAAGAGUUAUCAUAUGGACUGUCGCAAAGGAUGGGGACCAAUGGGAUGGUAAGGUGUUGAAGGAUUUUCAGACCCCUGUUUGGAGGGUUUCCUGGUCGCUGACCGGGAACCUAUUAGCUGUGGCCGAUGGGAAGCAUAACGUGACAUUGUGGAGAGAAGCCGUAGAUGGGGAAUGGCAACAGGUGACAACAGUCGAGCCAUGACAUUGAAGCUUUGAACCUGUUCUUGAACUUCUGGUUACAUCUUUCGGAAAUUGAUGCUACUAGACACUGGAACUGUUUGGCUUCUGUCGGAGUUAAAGUUGCAAGACAUGAAGGUUUUUAUCAACUAUUUCGACGGUAUACCCCAAUGUUCAUCUUCCUUUCCAUGUUUCGUUAAUUAAUCUUUUGUGGGUUUCUGAUAAACAUAAUAGUUGCUUGUUAAUGGUCUGUCAAACUAUAAAUCUUUUAGUUGAAUGUCAUGAACAUAGUUUCACCAUUACCACCGGCAAAUGUGCGUUUGCUUGCAGUAUGCGGACAAAACCUGCAACUUAUGCGCAGUUGUAGUUGAGGCAAAUUCAGCUUCUUUGCUUGGUAUGAUUUCACUAUUGUUUAUGCGCA